AUUGCGAAGAUGCUGUCGGCUUCAUCCUCGGCAAUGGGCAGGACCGAGUCCAUUGGGUCGGUGAAUCUGAACGUGGCUACCAAAGGCUACUUGACCUCUGGAACCCGGAAGUUCGAGGGUUGGCCGUCUGGAUGCUCGAUAUGUCCACCACAACCAACACUUGAUUGUCGUCCAUGCUCCGAGCCUUUGUUCAACGUCGCUCAGCGUGGCGUCAUGCCAGCACGACAUUUCUGUCCAACACUCUCACAUUCCAGGCAACCCAACGCUCUUUGCACCAGCAGAUCCCGUUACAUUGUGUAUCUCAGCCCAGCUCGGUCUACAGUUUACUCCGUACAUCCUUCAUCUUGCACUGCUGCUCCGGCCAUGGCGACUGGCUUGUGUCUCCGGCUGUCCAUCCUCAUGUCUGCUACUGCGUUGGGUCGGUAUGUGCGAAUUUGGGUCGGCGUGUGCGUAGAACUGCGAGUCCCAACGUUGAUGUGGGACACCCGGUAUCUGCUCGUCGUCGAUGUCGUACUUUUGGCUUCACGCCAGUUUCAGACGACUUGCUCACGCAUUACCUUGGUCAACGGGAAGCGAUGGUAAAACAAAGAUAUCUACAUGGACGGGAAGCAGCAAACCUACCGAGGAUCGUAUCAGCUGCAGGUGAAGCUCCUCAUGGACUCAGGCAGAUGCACUGCGUCGCUGGACUCUUAACAUCCUCAGGGUGGGGCGAAAGCUGCAAAAGGAAAGCGCGAAAGCCGUACCCCACGUGUCACUCCGGGCAGCUUUGCCCCACGUCCACGCUCGCGCUUCUUUCCGCUCAUCGCGCCAAGAAACAAUGCGAAUGCAAUGCGCCAUGUGCUUCCACACGCCAGUAACACCACCCUCCCAGACGCUAUGCGCGCUUUGCGAAGUCCAGACCUCGCUCGCACCCAGCAUCACCUCCCCGCCAUUGUCCAGGGA